AUAUACAUACAGUUGAGAAUAUCGCUUUCAUUACUUAAUGCAAAAGGACCGAUAUAUGUAUAUAUACAUAAUAUUUUAUACCCUAGAUACACAUUAUUGGCAUGAAUACAAUGAAGGGAUAUUCUAUAUUCUAUAAAAUUCAUAGUUACUAACUGUGAUCAGGGAAAAAAAAUAACAAAAAAAUUAAAUAAAUCUGUACUUUUAUUGUAUUCAGAUAUACAGGAAUUAAAUUAACAUUGAAUAUAUACAUUAAACAGUAAUUACAUUUCAAUAUUGAUCAAGACGAUGCUAAUGAUGAUCUUUCUUGAAUGAUUAAAAUGAAAAAUUUCUUUAUUUACCAUCUCCCAUUAUCUUAUUCAAUGAUAUAGACGGAGAAUGGGAGAGGGGAAAUGAGGCUUUCAUAGAUUAUACUUGAGUUUGUCAAUGAAAUGUUUGUUUUAUGUUUUUUAACUGUUGAAAACGUAUUCUAAAUAAAUGGACAGUAAUUUGAAUCGAUCUGAGAAUUCCGAUAUUGAAAAUAUUGAUGAACUACCUGAGGAGAAUAAUGAAUUUGAAACAUUAAAAGUUCUUCAACAAUCAUCUACUUCAAAAGAAUCAAUUCAACAAAAAUCAUCAAAAUAUAAAAAAUAUACUAAAUGGAUAUGUAAUUGUAAUAGAACUAUUACUAAACAAUGUAUAAAACGUCAAUUUAAUCGUAGUAAAACAACAAUUGAAGAACAUAUUUGUUAUCCAUGGUUAAGACGUUUAUUUUUUCAUUUAUCCAAUUAUUUUCCAAAUCUUCAUACAACUAGAUCUUCAAGAAAUUAUCGAUCACAAACAUCGACAUCAUCAUCAUCAACAGUAAUAAAUCGUCGACAAAAUAAAAAUUUACCAUUAAAUAAAAACAUUAACACAUAUAUUUAUAAAUCACCAACUAGAUUAUAUAAAGAGAACGAUAAUCAACAAUUGCAUAAACAUAAUACUAUUGAAUGUAUUAAUUCAAUUACAAGAAUAUCAAUGAAUGAUCUUAAUUCAUCAGAUACAUCUUAUCUUGCAGAAGAUAAUCAUGAUGACAUUAAAAAUGAUACAAGUAAUAAUAUGAAUAAUAGAUUUAAACGUAGACCAUUACAAAGACAAAAAUCUAAUGGAUUUAUUGAUUUGGAUAUAGAACCAGAAAUUAAUCUUAGAGAUAGAUUAACUUCUAAUUGUUCAUCUGAAAAUAAUAAUAAUCUAAAUAUACAAAUAGGUAAAUUAAUAACUCCUAAAACAGAAUCCAUUAUACAACCUAUUCAACAUUAUCAAUCCAAUGAUGAUCUAAUUCAUGUUAAACAAAAUAAUAGUUCAUAUAAUAAUAAUAAUCGACUUCAAGAAACACAUACUAUUUUAUCACCAUCAUCUUCAUCAUCAUCGAUUAUUGAUAAAAUCAAUAAAUCACAAUUAAUUAAACCAGUAUUAUGUAAUAAUUAUCCAUCAACAAGAAUAAAAUCUCAUCAUCAUUUACAAAUAAUCAAUAAUGAACAAAAUAUGAUUAAAUCAUCGGAUAUUCACUUAAAUGAUAAUAUAAUUAAAUCAAUAAAUCGUCGAGCUUAUAUGACACGUUCAGCCAAUUUAAUAUAUGAUACAUUAGAUGAACCAAUUGAUAAUUAUAAUAUCAAUGAUCAACAUAAAACAAUUUUAUCUGCUUCUACACGAAUUUAUAAUGAUAAUAAUAUUAAUAAUAAUUUAGGUUAUAAUGAUAUACCUGAAAAUCAAUAUUGUAUCCAAUUUAAAAGAGUAAAAGCUCGACGUACCAGUUCAAGUUCACAAAACGAUUGCAAUAAAAUAAUAAAAAAUAGAACAUUCAAUAAAGAACAUUCUAUACAUGAUAAUAAUCUCCAAUCAAAAUUAUAUACAUCAAAUCGUAUAAAUGAUAAGUUAAUACAAUCUAAUCUAUAUUGUACAUUGAAUGAUUUACCACAUGAUCAAGAACCUGUGAAAAAACAUUUAGAAUCAUGGUUAAAAGAAACUGUUACUAGAACAAUACAAGGAAAAGCUCUAAAUAAUAGAACAAGAAGAAUUCAUAUGUCUCAUGUAAGUAGUGGUGAAGAACAAAGAGAACCACCAGAAACAGUUACACCACAACCGCAUAGUUUUGAUGGACCAGUAACACGUUAUCAUGAUGAAUGUUUAUUUACUACAAGUUAUAGUCAACAAUCUAUUCAAAAACCAUUUAGUAGAAGUUUAAAUAUAUCAACAGAUAGUUCACAAAUUAAACCACCAUCUAUUACUAGAGAUAGUAUUGAUGGUUAUUUACCUUAUUAUUAUGAAACUGUUUUUGAAAAACAUCCAGAAAUAAAUGAUCAUCAUAAUAUAAAUAAAACUGGUGAAAAAAUUAAUUUAUCUUCAUCUAAUCGUAAUAAAUUAUAUAGGAGAAAUAGUAUUAAUCCUAUGUUUGAUAUAAACAAUAAAAAUCUUAAAUCUACUCAACGAUCAUCUUUUACUCAACAUAGGAAUUUUACUAUUAUCAAUCCUAAUAAUAAUAAUAAUAAUCAAAUAACUAAUGACUAUACAGAUCAUACAUUACCAUUAAUUACCAAUAAUGAUCGUUUACAAAUAAAUCGUGUAUCAUAUGAACGUGCCAACUCAGCAAAAGAAUCAGAUCGUAUAAAGGAAGAAUAUUUAUAUCAAUAUAAUCAAUCCGAUAUUUAUAAUAAUAAACCAAUUGUGCAUAAUACAAAUAAUGUCAAUGAUAAUAAUUUAUCUUAUUAUUGUGCAAACAUUACAAGUCAAAAUACAGAAAGAUUAUGUAACACAAUAAAUCCUAACCAAAGAUAUAGUUUUAACGAGAAAGUUAAAUUGUCUAGAUCACCAAAUGUUACAUCUUUACCAGAGAAAUAUCGUUUAACGCAUACUUUAUCAGAUGAGAAUAAAAAUAAAAUGAUAUUUACAACAAUGAGCCCUGUUAAUACAUCACAAUCAUUACGUAAAUUAGUAAACUUGAAAAAAUCUCCACAAACAUCAAUUGAUAAUACUGGUCAACAUGUAAAUUAUGAAUUGUAUAGACGUGGAUCAAAAUAUUCUCAUAUAUUAGAUCCUUCAUUAUCUAUGGAUUGUAGUGUAUCACAUCAACCACAUCAAGGUAUGUAUAGUGAAAGACGAUAUUCACGUCAUUUAAAACCAUUGGAUGCUUGGCAAAAUAGACAAUCACACAGUAUGGAAAUUGUUUAUUCCACACCAAGUAAUCAACGUUCAUUAUCUAGUCCACAAAAACGUAGUCCAUUAUCGAAACAAUCUGCUAUUCGUAAACUUCCAGCUAUUUAUAGUCGAUCAUUGCAACAUUCAACUUGUUCAUUUCCUGUUCAAUGGGGUGGUUUUCUUAGUGGACCAACAUUAUCAUUAACAUCAGCAUUUGAUUCAUCAAGUUUAACACCGGAUUCAUUAAAUCAUAGACAAUUUUUUCGUAAUUCACUUGAUUCUCAUGAACCAACACAACUUAUAUCAGGAAUACAACAUCAACAAUAUCAUCAUCGUUCACAAAAUUCAUAUAAAGAUAAAUUUUUCAUUUCACAAGAUCAUACUUAUUCUGCUACAGAAUCUCCAAAAAAUCUUAAUCCAUUAAAAGAAAAUAUUAAUAAUAGUAGAAAUAUUAAAAGUUUACAACAAUCACAUAUUAAUUUAUCACCAUGGCCAUAUAAUGCACAUUCAGUUACACGUAAAGUACAUAGUUUUGAAUUAAAUCCUAAUAUACAUUGUCAACAACAACAACACCAACAACAAUCAUCAUUAUCAUCUGAUUCUAUUAAAAAUACUACAAUUUUAUUAAAAGUAAAAGAUAAUCUAUCAUUACCACAAUCAAAUUCUUCAUCAAGACGUGGUUCAGCAAAUAGUAAUAAUUCUGUAUUCAUAUUAAAAGAAUUAAAAUCAAAAUUAAAUAAUGAUACAUUACCUAAUAAUGAUUUCAUUCCUACUAAUAAUAAUAACUGUACUGAUAAUACAAUAUUAAAUUCUUCUACUUUAUUACAAAAUUAUAAAACUAAACCAUUAGAAAAACUUAUACCACCAGAUUUAAUAUUUAGUCCAGCAUCACGACGUGCAUCAAUGAUGGAUGAAGAUAUAUCAUCAAAUGUACAAAAUUCAAUAUUGAAUAUUACAGAUGAUCUACAUGAAGUAUAUUCAAAUCAUAAUAAUAAUAACAAUAAUAAUAAUCAAUUAAAUCAAUUAAUGCCAACUAAUUUAUUUGAAUUCAAUCAUUCAAAUUCAUUAUCAUAUCAAAAUUUAAAUUUAAAAUAUAAUCGACAUAAAUCAGCUGAUACAUAUUUAUCAUCAAAUAAAUUGAAUAAUUUACAUAAUUUCUAUUCGCAUAGAAACAGUACAAAUGUUCCACAACAAUAUAAUAAUAAUAAUUAUUAUUAUUUACCUUUUAAUCAACAAAAUAUUACACCACCACCACCCACACCACCACAUUCACCUUUAUUAAUCAAUAAUAACAAUAAUAAUUACUUUUGUAAUAAUGAAGAUGAUUAUGCCAAUUAUCCAUAUCAAUCACAUAUACAUGUAACAACAUGUUGUUCACAAAUUGACAUGAGGAAUGUACAAAAUGAAUGGGAUUUUAAAUCUAAUCAAAAUCAAGAACAAUUAAAUAAUUAUAAUUCUGAUUAUAAUUUAACUAAUCAUUAUAAAGAUAAUAAUAAUAAUUAUUAUUAUAUUAAUAAAAAUAGAACAUCUACAAAACAAAUACAGUCAAUAUCAGAUGAAGAAUAUACUAAUCAUAAAUCAUUAAUUAAAACAAAAAUGAAAACACUUAAAGGUAAAGAUUAUCUUUUUAAAAGUACACGUGGUAGUGAUACAAAUAUUAUUGAUCCACAAUUACUUAAACCUUCAUUAGGACCAGUUAUUGAUAGUAGUGAUGAGAAUAUAAGUGAUAAUGAUAAUAAUAAUAAUAAUUAUGAUGAUGAUAAUGAAGGUGUUGAACGAUCACAAUCAAUGAGCAUUCCAUCUUCUAUAACAAAUUCAUUACAAUCAAGUAUAUAUUAUAAAGAUAAAAAAUCUAAUAAAACAAAAGAAAUUAAUCAUAAACAAACUAAAACUGAUAGUCAUGCGGCUAGACGUAAAAGUUUUCUAGCGAAUUAUUGUCAACAAACUAUUCAACAAGAUGAUGAACAAAGUAAUGAAGAUAUAAAAUUUAAUACAUAUGAAUCAGAUAAUGAAUUUAAUAUAACAACAAUUAAAUCAAACCGAUAUGAAUCAACUAGUGGAUUGAAUAAAUAUAAAGUUAAAUAUUAUACCGAAGAUAAUAAUGAUAAUGUUAACAACAGGGAUUUAACAUUAUUACAAAUAAAUAGAUCAAUAAAUACACGAUGUAAAUCUAGUGAUUCUGGAUUAAACUACAUGAAUAACCUUAUUAGUAGUAAUAAAGAUCAUAAAAAUUUGUCAAAUACACGAGAACUCCCAUCAAUCCAUCAACAACAACAACAACAACAACAAAAACACCAUCACCAGGAUUAUCAUUCGAUCAGAAGAAAAUCUCGAAGAAAGUCAAAAUAUCAUUAAGAAUUAAUAUUAUUAUUAUAGUGUAUGAACAUAUUUGAUUUUCAUUGAAUAAACUAUCCAACUGGGAAUAUUCUAAUAAAUGAAUUUAAUUUGUUGUGUAAAUCAUUAAUUGAUACUGGCGUUUUGUUUAAAACAAUCUAAAUCAAGAGAAUGAAAUAUUUUGAUGUUAGUUUGAUGUGGGUUGUUUUUUUUUUCAACCUCUAUUUUUUUCACAAUUACAUUUUGAUCAUUUUAAUUUUGAAUAAAUUAACUACAAAUGUAAAUACAACAUUGAUGUUUGUUGAUACGCAGAUUUAAUUUCGAGCUACAUUUAAAAUUG